GAUUUGUGAAUCGAUGUAUGAGCACGUUGGCUUCUCUUUAAGCUGAUUGUUUCCCUUGUGGUGUUGGACAUCGAGGAGAUUUGCCCUUCGUGGCGUUAUUAUCCGUUUUAAUCCACAAUGAAGCAAAUCGUAGUUAACCAAACGGUGAAAAUCCCUGACGGCGUGAGUUGCCAUGUCAAGUCACGUCUUGUGACUGUAAAAGGGCCGAGGGGCACCCUUAAAAGGACCUUCAGGCAUCUCGCACUUGACAUUCACAUGUUGAGCCCCAAAGUGCUCAAAGUUGAGAAGUGGUUUGGCACGAAGAAGGAGCUCGCAGCUGUCAGGACUGUCUGCUCCCACAUAGAAAAUAUGAUCAAGGGAGUCACCAGGGGUUUCCUGUACAAAAUGAGGGCUGUGUAUGCUCAUUUUCCCAUCAACUGUGUAGUGACGGAGAACAACAGCCUUGUUGAGAUAAGGAACUUCCUUGGUGAGAAAUACAUCAGAAAAGUCCGGAUGGCACCUGGUGUCACUGUUACUAACUCAACAAAACAAAAGGAUGAACUCAUCAUUGAAGGAAACAGCAUAGAAGACGUUUCCAGAUCAGCUGCGCUCAUCCAACAAUCGACGACGGUCAAGAAUAAAGAUAUUAGGAAAUUCUUGGACGGCCUUUAUGUUUCAGAAAAAACAACUGUCGUGCAGGAUGAAUAAUAAUCAAUAUACAUCUUUUUAAAUUAG